CUGCCACGUGUCACCACCACAAUCAUCUCUCAGAUAGCAUCCACCGUGUGCAUGGAGAAUUGGAUUUCCUUGUUCGAGUUUCACAUAUUCAACACCAAAAACCUUAACUUGCACACCUCCUUUUGAACUGGUCCCGUUUUCAUUCACUCCAUGACAGAUGUGCAUCCAUGUUUUUCUCGCUCAUGGCAAGCAUUAAGUACCAUUUUUCUCAUGGGAUAUUUGCUUUCUCUCUUUGUACUUCGACAUGUCACUGUCCCUCUUCUUGAUAAAAACUGUGCUACAACCUCUCUCGCCAAACUCCUUAAGCACAACACGGAGUUUCAUCACUUUCCAACUAGCAUCUACUUAUAGCUUCUAUAUAUUCAACCAGUUACAAAAACCAGCUUUUGCCUUAACCAAAAGACAAAAAAAAAACAAGUCUUUUUACCUUAACUCAGAUUAUCUUAUUUUACUUUGCUUGUAAAGUUUGUUCGAAGCCAAAAGUUCCCUCUCUCUUGUUCAAGUGGUAGGAACCAUGAAGAACACUAUCCCAGGUUGGGAUUUUGAGAGUGAUACAUGUCUCACCAACCAGAGAAAGCCCACAGGGCUGGACCAUGAACUUGUAGAACUCCUAUGGCAAAAUGGGCAAGUAGUUAUGCACAGCCAAACAAAUAGGAAGCUACCUGGGAAUUCAUCUAACUUGAGACAGCUGCAGAAAACUACUCAAUCAAACAACUUGGAUCAAGAAGAGGCAGCUCCAUGGAUCCAAUACCCUCUUGAUGACCCUUUAGAACAAGAGUUUUGUUCAAACCUUUUAUCUGAGCUACCGCCACCUUGUGAAGUUGAAUCUUAUUACAAGCCAAUCAGAGAAUUGGAAGAGGAAAAGUUUGCUAAUAUUUUCUCCCCUGGUGCCCCCCAUCAUCCUCCUUCACCUUCACAACCCUUACCAUCUAUCAUGAAAUCCUCCUGUGCUCAGGGACUCCAAGAGAAUCUCAUGUCUGCUCCAGGAUUUCAUGUUCCUGAUUCAUCUCAGAAAAUCAAUGACUUUGGUGCAUCACGGAAGGUGCUAAAUUUUCCUCACUUUUCAGCACCCCGUAAUGUCUCUUCACCAUCUCAAAAAACUGCAGUUAACCUCUCACAAAGUGAAGCUAGAGAGCACUCAGUGAUCACGGUUGGUUCAAGUCACUGUGGCAGCAAUCACAUCCCUCAGGACCAAGAUGUAAACCGGGUUUCAAGCAAUGGCGUUUGGGCCACCACUAAUAAUGCUACUUUAUCUGCUGAGCCUAUAGAUUGUAUCCAUAGACGAUUUCCUAGAAGUGAGAGAGGAAAAUCAGAGAUGAUUGAACCAACUGUGGCUUCAUCUUCCGGUGGCUCAGGUAGUACUGGUAUAGGAAGAACUUGUUCUCAAUCAACAAGAGAACAUGGCCAAAAGAGAAAAGGGACUGAAGAAGAAGCACUAGAGGAGCAAAGUGAGGCCACAGAACUUAAAUCAGCAGAUGGAAACAAGUUAUCUCAGCGUUCCAGAAGAAGCCGUGCAGCUGAAGUGCAUAAUCUAUCCGAAAGGAGAAGAAGAGAUAGGAUUAACGACAAGAUGAGAGCAUUGCAGCAACUGAUACCAAACAGUAACAAGACAGACAAAGCAUCAAUGUUAGAAGAGGCAAUCGAAUACUUAAAAUCACUUCAGUUUCAGCUUCAGGUAAUGUGCAUGGGGGCUGGCAUGACACCAGUUAUGUUUCCAGGAAUUCAGCACUGUAUGCCACAGAUGGGAAUGGGAAUUGGUGGACCUUCUUUGCCUUCCAUUCACAACCCAAUGCAAUUACCAAAAGUGGGUCAAGCCAUGUCUGUCACUCAGCCUCAGCCUCAGCCUCAUAUGCCAAACCACAAUUUACUGUGCCAAAAUCCAGUUCUGGGUGCCUUCAAUUACCAAAAUCAGAUGCAAAACCAAUGCCUUUCAGAACAAUAUGCACGUUACAUGGGCUACCAUCUCAUGAAUAGUGCCUCUCAGCCAAUGAACGCGUUGAGAUAUGGUUCCCAAGCAAUGCAACACAGUCAAACAAUGAUUGCAGGAAGCAAUAAUAGCAGCGGACCCAUGAGUGGAACAGCUAAUGUAGCUAAUGUUGAUGAUGCUAUUAGUGGCAAAACUGGUUCUUCCACCUUUCACUGAACAAUACCUAAAAAUGACCAAAUUGAGGGAAUUAGCUACUGGAGUACAUGAAUCCUAGAAGUAUAAAAAUGUGUUCCAUUUUAUGUAGUUUGAAAUGAUGCAAGAAUCUAAAGUUAAUUAAUUAACUAAUUAAUUAUGUUUAAAUUCUGAUAAAAUAUAUCAGUUUAUUGUGAGCUAGCUAGGCAUGAAAUUAGCUCCUAGGGUUAGGAUUCAUCAGCUUCUGUAAUUUUCUAUUGUUUGUAGAUUGAGAUUAUAAGUAAAUUAUCUAAAUUG